GUCCAGGAGGUUUCUGCCGAGCUUGAAGAGCAGCUAAAGGGUAUCUUGAAGCUUCUCAAGAAGAUGAAUGCUGAUCUCAUUCCCGACAAGCGGAAACGCGACGAGAUCUACCAGCACGUUGUUGUGUCCACCUUGCAAAAGCUUCUGGCGCAGUACCCGACGACAGCCGAGGAAGAUGAGGGUUUGCUGGCAUCGAGCAGCUUGGCACCUCGUCAAAGAAUGGCUGUCGAGGUAAGGCUUGGCGAGAAGCGCCUUCUGAAGGAGGCCCUUCAAGUGGUGGGUACCAGCGGUUCCGUGGAGGAGGCUGCUGGCGAGGAAGAGGCGGACAGAGCUUCCAAAAGGGUGCGACAUUGA